GAUUCCUUCAUUCCACCAACUGAAGACUUACAAGUUGAGAUCCAUAAGAGCCUCCACCUCGUUAUCAUCUUCGCAACCGGCUGUACUCAGUUAGGAAAAGAAGAAUUUUCGAAGGCAUCGUCGUCAUCAUGAGUGCUAAAUCCGAGCUCGUGUUCAUCCCAUCUCCGGGCCUCGGCCACCUGGUGUCGAUGGUGGAGACGGCCAAGCUCCUCGUCGACCGCAACGAUCGGCUCUCCCUCACCGUCCUCAUCAUGAAGUUCCCCUUCGACUCGGAGAUUGAUUCCUACAUCGAGUCGCUCACCGCCUCCGUGGCUGCCCGCAUCCGCUUCGUCCUCCUCCCUAGGCAAAGCCACUCCCCAACGACGUCUGGCAUGGCCUUCCUCCAUCACUUUGUGGAGAGCCACAAAGCCAACGUCCGAGAAGCCGUCGCUGAGCUCUCUGUCCGUGGCUCUCCACGGCUCGCUGGGCUUGUCCUUGACAUGAUUUGCACCUCGAUGAUUGACGUGGCUGUUGAGUUCGGCAUCCCUUCCUACAUGUUCUUCACGUCAGGCGCGGCGAUCCUUGGAGUCAUGCUGCACCUCCAGUCCCUCCGAGAUGAGCAACACAUGGACCCGACCAGGCUCAAGGGCUCUGACGCCGAGCUGGACUUCCCGGGCCUUGCUAACCCGCUGCCUGCCGCCAAGUUCUUGCCCUUGGAAGUGUUUAUGGAAGAAGACUGCCGGAUAUUCUUGGACUUCGCCCUAAGGUAUAGGGAAACCAAGGGAAUUUUGGUAAAUACGUUCGCUGAGCUGGAGCCGCGCGCUAUGGAUGCCCUGCCCAGCCUUGGAGCACCUGCGGUGUACUCCGUGGGCCCCAUACUGAACAUCACGGAUGAGAGCAAAAAGGGUUUCGAGAUCCUGGACUGGCUCGACCAGCAGCCAAAUGCGUCAGUGGUGUUCCUGUGCUUCGGGAGCAGGGGGUACUUCGACGAGCACCAGGCAAAAGAGAUUGCCCACGCGUUGGAGCAGAGCAGGUACCGCUUCCUGUGGUCCCUACGACAGCCUCCGGCGAAGGGCAAGCAGGAAGCCCCCCGGGAUUACGUAGAUCCGGCAGAGGUCCUGCCCGAGGGUUUUCUUAAUAGGACAGCCGGGGUCGGGAGAGUGAUUGGGUGGGCCCCGCAGGUCGCAGUCCUGGCCCACCCAGCCAUUGGAGGGUUCGUGUCUCACUGUGGGUGGAACUCCACCCUAGAAAGCAUAUGGUUCGGCGUGCCAGUCGCCGCAUGGCCCCAGUAUGCAGAGCAACAAUUCAAUGCGUUCCAACUGGUACUAGAGCUCGGCCUCGCGGUAGAGAUCAAGAUGGAUUAUCGAAGAGAUCUGGUCAAAGGUAGAGACGGUGUCGUGAAGGCAAACGAAAUAGAGAGAGGGAUAAGGAAGUUAAUGGAGGGCGAGGAGGCCGGGGAGAGGAGGAAGAAGGUGAAGGAGGUGAGCGAGAAGAGUAGAAAGGUCUUGAUGGAGGGUGGCUCUUCUUACUUGUGUAUGGCUCGCUUCAUCGAGGAUGUCUGUAGUCAAUGAGCCAUCAUUUAGCUUGGAGACAGGGUUGGCUGGUGUUUUGAGCACUGUUGGUAUUUUGAUUCUACGAUUAAUUGGAGGGCGUGUUUUUUAGGGUUUCUGUGGCUACAAUCCAUGUUUGAUUGUUCUAGCAUUUUUGUGGCACAAUCCAUGUUGAUUUUGUUGACGUGUUUUAUGUUGAACCGGUCAAUUUGGGUUUGGCCCGUCUGGAAAGGUAAUGAUAAAUAUAGAAUGGAUUCAAAAAGACAUCAUUGGUAAAAUUCAUAUGGUAGAUUUACGUGUCCUUUCACGUCCUUGAUCUACGAGUAUGAAUGAAUUUCAUUGUGCUCUUGUUUUCCCCUCCCAAGGUUUGUUGUCCUAUUUC